AUGUACGGGGGUCUGCUGCUGGCUGGCUUCGGCCUAGCCGUGCUCACUCGUAACGAAACCCGGCUGGCGAUCUUGGCUUUGUUGUGGUGGGUCCUGGAAAAUAAGGUCGCGAGUGAGGAGAAGGCGCUGUUGGCUCGCUAUCCAGAGUAUGCGGAGUACAAGGCCAAGGUUAAAAAGAGCACACAUAGCCUUGUCGCAGACGGAAUGCCGCUGCGCCGCGCCAUCAUCAUCCCCAGCAAGGUUACUGGAAUCUUGCCUACACAGCAGACGUCCAAGCCGCCGCUCUUUCUCCGCUUCACGCGCAACGGCCCCCUUCCCCCCAUCUUUCACAAUCCGUUUGCAUUCCGCGCACGUGCUGCCGUGCAGCAAUUGAGCAAUGGCAUUAUUGUUACUGAAUCUGCACAUCACCUGAACCACAUCACCUGA